AUGGCGUCGCUUAAUAAAAUACUUUUUUUAACAGCUUUUUUAGCAGUUGCCACUGCAGUGCUAGGCACUAGAGGUUUCAGAAGUAAAGAUAGUGGAAAAAAAUUAUUUCUUAGCCGUCGUGUUGUGACGGACACAAGAGAAUUCGAUGGAGGUGUAUUAGUGGACGAAAAAGGAAUUAUUACUGGAGUAUACACUCGGAAAUCCAUCGAUCAGCUCCUUUUACACCAUGAUGGCACAAUGCAGGUGAUAGAUGGAGGACAUUGGGCUCUGAUGGCGGGAGUGGUGGAUUCGCAUGUGCACGUUAACGAACCUGGUCGAACUUCAUGGGAAGGAUACGCAACGGCUACAAGGGCUGCUGCUGCGGGUGGUAUUACCACGCUUGUGGACAUGCCUCUCAACUCAAUACCACCAACAACAACCGUAGAAAACUUAAAAGUUAAAGUUGCUGCUGCAAAAGAGGAAGUAUAUAUAGAUGUAGCAUUUUGGGGAGGCAUUAUCCCAGGAAAUGAGAAUGAACUACAGAACAUGAUACGAGCGGGUGUAAUUGGAUUUAAAGCGUACUUAAUAAAUAGUGGAAUUGAGGAGUAUCCUAAUGUAGAGUCUAGCGAGUUAGACGAUAUUUUCUCUACUUUAAAUGGAUCUGACGUAGUAAUUGCUUUCCACGCUGAAUUACCAGUCGAUAGAGUUGACAAUAGUAGUCAAUGUGAAAAAUGCGACUGCCCAGAUCCAAAUUUAUAUACCACAUACCUAGCAUCUCAUCCUGCGGAAAUGGAGACCAAGGCUGCUUCAUUAUUAGCUACUUAUAUACCAAAAUACGAUGUCCGUGUCCAUGUGGUGCACGUUUCAGCUGCAGGCGUUAUACCAAUAUUAGAAAAGGCUAGAGAAGAAAGAAUUAAGGCUGGUUCUACGCGUUGGCGAGGAGGUGUAACAGCUGAAACCUGUCAUCAUUACCUAACUUUCAGCUCUGAGCAAAUCCCACCUGGACACACCGAAUUCAAAUGUUCACCACCGAUCAGAGAAAAUACCAACAAGCUAGAAUUAUGGGAAUACAUUAAAGACAGAAGAAUCGACCUAAUAGCAUCAGAUCAUUCACCUUCUGUCGCUAGUUUGAAGGGACCGAACUUUAUGACAGCUUGGGGAGGAGUUUCAUCAGUACAAUUUGGUUUGUCAUUAUUCUGGACUGAAGCUAAAGCUCGUGGUUACAGUCUGAGCACGGUAAGCCACUUCUUAUCUGCGGGUCCUGCCAAUAUGGUUGGCUUACAAAACCGUAAAGGUGCACUAAAACCUGGCCUUGACGCUGACCUGGUAUUCUUCGACCCUGAUGCUUCGUUUGUCGUUACGCCUGACACAAUUUUGUACAAAAACAAGCUAAGUCCUUAUAUGUACCGCGUUUUAAAUGGAAAAGUAAUGCAGACAUUUUUGAGAGGUCAACAAAUUUAUUCAUAUGGUGAAGCCAUCCAAACGCCUAUGGGACAGUUGUUGAUAGACGAAGAUGAAUUGUCAAAAUUA